AUGAAUAUUGUUAAGAAACCAUUUGUCUUUCGUCAGUUUUAUGAAAGCAUGACAUCGACAUACACUUAUAUUGUUGGUUGUGAAAAAACAAGAGAAGCUAUUAUUAUUGAUCCCGUCCUCGAGACUGUUGAUAGAGAUUCAAAAUAUAUUAGAGAAAUGGAUUUAAAAUUAUUGUAUGGAAUUAAUACUCAUGUUCAUGCUGACCAUAUUACUGGUACAAGUGAAUUAAAAAAAUUAUUUCCGAAAAUGAAAUCAAUGAUAAGCCCUUAUUCUGGUGGAAAAGCUGAUCUAUUUAUAGAUUAUAAUAAGCCGCUUCAGACUGGAGAAUUAAAGUUUUACUUUUUAUCGACACCAGGUCAUACAAAUGGAUGCACAACAAUUGUGUCUGAUGAUCUUGAGGCAUGUUUUACUGGUGAUGCUUUACUUAUAAGAGGUUGUGGUAGAACUGAUUUUCAAGGAGGAAGUGCUGAAAAGUUAUACAACUCGAUAACAGAGCAUAUAUUUAAAUUACCAGAUCAUUAUAAAGUUUAUCCAGGACAUGAUUAUAAUGGUGUACAUAAUUCUACCAUAAGAGAAGAGAAAUUAUUUAAUCCACGAUUAACAAGAUCCUUACAACAAUUUGUUGAAAUAAUGAACAAUCUUAAUUUGGAUCACCCAAAACAAAUAGAUAGAGCAGUACCAGCAAACCUUAAAGAUGGUAUUAUUGAAAGUAAAAACUAA